CGCGCUGGGCAGAGAGACGGUCCUCGCGCUGGAAUUUUAAUGACACAUUCCUAGCCUCUGUGCCGGGACUUUAACUCCUUUUCGUUUAGUUUUGUGGUUUGCCUUAACGUUUAACGGCACCGUGGCACUGCGGAGAUUUUUUCCCACUCUCUAAUGCAAGUGAGAGAAGUAUUAGACGUUGAGUGGACUGGAGAAAUCUGUGCGCUUCUGUGUACCGACAAGGCACACGGAGAGGACACAUCAUUUAUGGUUUAUAUCCGUGGCACACGGAGCGAAGAAGUUCGGCACCUGCGCUGAUAUUUUAGUAUUUGUUUCGUGCGGUGGGAUAUCAUCUCUGGGAGAGAGAGUUGGGAUCUCGGGAAACUGGAUUAAAAACGCGUUUCAUUGAUUUCGCAAUGGAUUGAAUAUCUGGCUUUGCUGCUUUUAAUGAAAAGACUUUCGGCGAUGUCAAGUCAUGGCAAAGACGGAGUAGUCUCAGCAAGUAAUUUCUGAAAUGUUUAUUUCAAGCGUAAAAUUUAAUGUAUUGCGUGAGAGAAAAGGACAUUUGUUUAAUGUCGUGAACAUUUUUGAAGGACAACCCGGAGGAAAAAACGGAACCUUAGAAGGAAAAAGACGAGAGAUAUGCGCAGUUCCUGACUUUGGUUAGCCGACCAGAGAGCUUUCCGGUCGUGGAAACACAUGCACUGAGAAACAGGCGAUUUAACCCAAGCAAGAAGGCUUUAUUUGUUAGCAAACGAAAAACUGUUAAUCGAAAUUAAUUUUGCUUAAAACCCCGCAAGGAAGAAUGAGGACUACAGGACUUGUGGACUGCUUAAGCUACUGCUUUCUUAUUUUGCAGCUGCUGAGUCAGCCCGCAGCCAAACAAGUGCUCCGGUACCGCCUGGCUGAAGAGGGUCCUGCCGACAUCCGUGUCGGCAAUGUAGCCGCGGACCUCGGCAUAACUGCCGGCAUGGAUGUGACUUUUACCCUCGAGUCCGGCUCCGAAUACUUUAAAAUCGACAACAUGACCGGUGACCUGAGCACGAACGAGCGACGGAUAGACCGCGAGAAGCUGCCGCAGUGUCAGAUGAUUUUUGAUGAGAACGAGUGUUUUAUAGAUUUUGAAGUGUCCGUGAUCGGACCCGCGCAAAGCUGGGUCGAUCUCUUUGAAGGGAAAGUGAUUAUUUUAGAUAUAAACGACAACACGCCGUCCUUUCCCUCUCCUGUUCUCACUCUGUCAGUGGAGGAGAACAGACCGAUUGGCACACUUUAUCUUCUGCCCACGGCCACCGACAGAGAUUUCGGUAGGAACGGAAUAGAGCGAUACGAGUUAAUUCAGGACAACGGGGAUAUCAGACGAAUCGGUACUUCAGGCACAGGCGGUGUUGACACUCACUCAGGCAAGCGGAGAUUUGACGAGGGCGCGAGCCGCAGCAGCGUAUUUGAACUUCAAGUUGCUGACACCACAGACGGCUUGAAGCAGCCGCAGCUUAUUAUCAAAGGCGCUCUGGAUAGAGAGCAGCGAGACUCUUAUGAGCUGACUUUGCGCGUUAGAGAUGGGGGCGACCCCCCACGAUCCUCACAAGCCAUUCUUAGAGUAAUGAUCACAGAUGUUAAUGAUAACACCCCUCGUUUUGAGAAAAGCGUUUAUGAGACAGACCUGCCAGAAAACAGCUCUCCAGGUGCACCCAUUCUCCAGCUCAAAGCGGGCGACACUGAUGUUGGGGUCAAUGGACAGAUUGAAUACGUUUUCGGGGCAGCCACAGAGUCAGUGAGACGUUUGCUGCGGCUGGACGAGAGCACUGGCUGGCUCAGCGUUUUACAUCGAAUCGACCGUGAAGAUGUGAGCCAGCUCCGCUUUACGGUCAUGGCACGUGACCGUGGUCAGCCCCCUAAGACUGACAAGGCAACGGUGGUCAUUAACAUAAAAGAUGAAAAUGACAACGUUCCUAACAUAGACAUAAGAAAAAUAGGACGCAUUUAUCUUAAAGACGGUGUGGCGAAUGUGGCAGAGGAUGUGAUUGUUGACACCCCCAUUGCUCUGGUCCAGGUCUCGGACCGAGAUAAAGGACAGAAUGGUAUAGUGACGUGCACCGUAGUGGGCGACGUUCCCUUUCAGCUCAAACCAGCGAGUGAAGUCGAGGGUGAAAUGAAUAAAAAGAAGUACUUUCUCCAUACGUCAGCACUUCUUGAUUAUGAAGCAGUGCAGGAGUAUAAUGUGGUCAUUGUUGCCGUUGACUCCGGGAGUCCUAGUCUCUCUAGCAACAAUUCACUAAUAGUGAAAGUGGGGGACAUGAACGACAAUCCACCAGUUUUUAGCAAAAGCACAGUUGAAGUUUCAUUUCCUGAGAACAAUGCGCCUGGUGAGCGUGUGGUCACAGUCGUGGCCUUAGAUGCAGACAGCGGCAAAAACGCAGAGAUCUCAUACUCCCUGGACUCCUCCGUGAGUGGAAUAUUUUCCAUUGAUGCCGACACUGGUGACAUCCGUGUCAACACCAUACUUGACAGGGAACAGACGGAGAGGUACGAGUUCAAAGUUAUCGCCAAAGACAAGGGCAUGCCUGUUCUGCAGGGCUCAGCCACAGUGGUCAUCCUGGUGGCGGAUAAAAAUGACAAUGAACCAAAGUUCAUGCAGGAUGUCUUCACUUUCUACGUAAAGGAAAACCUGCAACCCAACAGUCCCGUUGGCAUGGUAACUGUCAUGGAUUCUGAUAAAGGACAAAAUGCAGACAUGAGUCUGUACAUUGAGGAGGAAGAGGAUAUUUUCUCCAUUGACAACAAUACAGGCACCAUUUACUCCACCAUGGCUUUUGACAGAGAGCAGAAAACCACGUAUUCGUUCCGUGUCAAAGCUGUUGAUGGAGGUGAUCCGCCCCGGUCUGCUACGGCCACGGUGUCGAUUUUUGUGAUGGAUGAAAACGAUAAUCCACCCACUGUUACUUUUCCUAUGAAUAGCUCAUAUACUCUUCUCCCCCCUUCUAGCAAUGUGAGAACAGUGGUCAGGACUGUUUCGGCGACCGAUACUGACACAGGAGUCAACGCUGAUCUUAGCUACAGCAUAGUUGGCGGCAAUCCAUUUAAGUUGUUCGAAAUUGAUGCGGUGACUGGCGUGGUCUCAUUAGUUGGCAAACUAGAACAGAAACAUUUUGGCCUGCACCGUCUUGUCGUGCAAGUAAAUGACAGCGGAGUUCCAUCACAAAGCACCACCACACUGGUGCACAUCUACGUCAACGAAACGCUCUCCAACUCUACCAUCGUGGAGGGGCAGAUCGCCAGAAGCCUUGGUACGCCGCUCAAUGCCGACAUCGCUGGUGACCCCAACUAUGACUUAGGAAAGCAACGCCUUAGCAUUGCCAUCGGUGUGGUAUCGGGCAUCAUGACAGUCAUACUUAUUAUCCUUGUAGUAGUUAUGGCCCGCUACUGCAGACCCAAGAACAAGAACGGCUACGAGGCAGGAAAGAAAGACCACGAGGACUUUUUCACACCUCAGCAACACGACAAAGGCAAGAAACCCAAGAAAGACAAGAAUAAGAAAAAGUCAAAGCAACCUCUAUACAGCAGCAUUGUCACCGUUGAAGCAUCUAAGCCGAAUGGCCAGCGCUACGACGGUGUUAACGAGAAACUCUCAAACAGUCCAGGAAUGGGCCGCUACAGGUCGGUCAACGGCGGCCCCGGGAGCCCUGAUCUGGCCCGGCAUUACAAAUCCAGCUCACCUCUACCCACUGUUCAGCUGCACCCACAGUCACCCACGGCGGGGAAAAAGCAUCAAGCUGUUCAGGACCUGCCACCAGCUAACACUUUUGUGGGCACUGGAGAUAACAUAUCCAUCGGAUCAGACCACUGUUCUGAGUACAGUAGCCAAACCAUCAACAAGUACAACAAACCACCGUUCCGCCGAGUGACCUUCUCGGUGGUGAGCCAGCCCCAGGACCCGCACCAGGGCUCGCUGCAGAGCUGCUACGACAGCGGUCUGGAGGAGUCGGAGACGCCCAGCAGCAAGAGUUCGUCAGGCCCCAGACUAGGUGCCCUUCCUCUACCUGAAGACGCCUAUGAGAGGACUACGCCCGAUGGCAGUGUCGGUGAGGCAGAGCAUAUGGAAAAUGACUCUCGGCCCCUGCCUGACGUAGCUAUGACGGGAAAAUGCACCCGGGAGUGUGACGAAUACGGCCACUCGGAUGCCUGCUGGAUGCCCGUGCGCACCUCGCCUGAACGCAGACCCAAGGCCACCCCUCCCAAACUCUCCACCUUCAUGACCUCCCCCGGGAGCACCGUCGCUGACCAGCCCGGAAGCCAGGAGACGCUGGCCGUCGCCAGUGGCGACCCCUCGCACCUGCUGGGCGACCGCAACCGCAAUCUCCUUAACAAGAAGAUGGCCUCCUCUUCCUCAUCCUACGACACGUUCAGCUCAGCCGGAUUUUCCGCCAGCGAGGAAACGUCUCGCCCGACAGAGGAGAUUCCGCUGGCGCCCACAGGCGAAUACAAGCCGACGCAAUGCGGAACUCUCACCAGGCGAGAGGUUUACCUGUAAACAACACACAGCGGCUAACAGGGGACAACAACAGUGACUCAGCAUGGUCAGAGAUGCUGUUAGCAAAGCAAACCCUGAUGCAAAGCAACAUGGAUUUUCCUUGAACCGCUUGCACUUAAUUUGAGCUAGUGCAACGCCACCCUAAACGUUAACUAGAUCUUUGAGUAAAAAACGCGGAAUUACAUGUUGUAAAUGUGUGUGAGAAGGAUGAGAUGAAGAGGGGGAAGUGGCGAAGGUGGAGAGACGGGAAUGCUACUUUGCUGCUAGCGUUUCGGGCCCCGUAGACUUCCCCAAAGUGCUGCCUGGUGUCUGUAGACCUCUUUAUAAACAUGCAUGCAUUUCCCCUUGAGAGUGUGUGCCCAUUGAAACGGAUCUGGACUUUUUUACCAUUGCUGUGGACUGAAACCAAUGAGGUUCUGUCUUUUAAUCUUUUUGUUUUUGUGAGUGUUUUUAUGUGGAUGUAUUAUGUCGAUAUGCAAUCAGUCCAUGUACUGAACUAUCCACUCUGGACAAACCGAUCACAUUAACCAAGACAAAAAAAGACGAGCCAAGGAAGGACGAAAAUCAUCCCAUGAUGAUGAGUGUUGGCUUUAAUAGAAGAGUGUUUGUGGUCGGGCAUCACGAUCAUUGACUUUAGCCUUUUACGAGGGUUUUGUAGAUAAUGGCGCAAGUGAACGGCGAUCACGCUGUAAACUGCAAACUUACAGCGCAGGAAGCAAGUUUACCUGUGUGCCUAACUUCACAUUCUGUACACAAAAAGGAACACAAACUCAGACAAAUUCAGUAAUGCACGCUUGUCUCAUGUCGGUGAGGUAUUGUACAUAUAUAUACUGUAAACGUACUUCGGACACAUGCAUUGAAACCAUAAGCGAUAUGUUUUCAUCUCGCUCAUCCGUCCUUUCUCAGUAUACCUCUGGAAAUAGAGAAAGGUUCUUUACGUCCUUGAGAUUGUGAGUUAUUUGCCUGAAUGCCAUGGAUAUGUGUAAUUGUGGUUGUUCUGUUCACCUUUCUCUCUAAGUGUGUGAAACUAUGCUAAGUUCUUUAUUUUUUGGUGUCGAAAUGGCCUCGGAGGCCCUUGCAAACACACUCGAAAUAGAUCCACGUGUUGUAAAUACACAUGAUCCCAUAAAGCCACAGGAACACUAUUUGGAUAUGCUGCUGGGGUGAAUUAGUCUAAUAAUACUGCCCUGCUGAAAAGCUUGGGCUGGCCCUGUGUAACAUUCUCGCAGAAUGAAUGUUAAAUAGAGCAAUAAACUCAUUCAACAGAUUCACUUGAUCCCGCACAUUUCGAAAGAGUUACCAACACGUGUCCCUCGGGUCAUUCGUAGCAGUCGGAGUGAACUACAUGGACAAUCACAGAAAAACGUUAGCGACUGCAGGAGCGAUGGCAAUGCAACGCAUGUCGCCGCUCUAUAACCAAAGUAUUGGGAACAACUUGACGUAUGAUGGCUCGAACAACUUGGAAAGGUCCUGCAAAGCUCCUGGUUGCGUUACGCGUCGCUUUAAUUACCUUCAAAACACAUUUUGGUACAAUGUGGGGAAGCGGGAAGGAAAUUCGAAAGAAAUUUGAAAGUAUGAAAACACAUGCACACAUAUACAUGCAUCAUGGGCCUAUCCCUUACAACGUUUGAAGAACACAUUUGCAAGAAAACUAGGCAUCUUGCUUUUAAAACCCGUGGUAAAUUAUUCAGAUGCAAUCGAUAUUUUUUGUAUGUUAAUGAUUCCUUCAGUUUGAAUGGACUGCCUUUCAUGCAGGUUCCGAAUCUGUAGUCUGUAUGUACUACUCGUGUUUAAAAGAAGUGCUAUGAUGCUUACAAACUGUAUACAUAGAUAUGUACUUUUUAUUGCACGUUUAAAGGGAAUCUACACUUACUAUGAAGCAAAAAGUAAAAAAAAAAAAAAAAUCAAACUAUCAUACCCUGUGAACAGGGAAGUCCAUUGCUUGCAUUUGUUACAUACAUUGUAAUAUGACUGUGUAUAUUGAUUUGAUGAGGAUGAAAAAGCAACACACUCAUCAGUUAUUUACUCAUUGGUGUUAGUGUCAUUUCAUUUUGUUAUUUAUAUAAUUCCUUUACAGCAGCUGUACUUUAUCCGUCGGUUCUGUAAUGUUUAUAUAAUUUUCCCAAGAACGCAGUCGUACCUUUCUUUAUAUAGAAAGUGAUUUGUAAAACUCAAUUCCACGAUUCAAGAGGAUUCUCACUUACCUUAGAUCUCUGUUUUAUGUCUGUGUUCAAAUAUACGCCUGCUCACGAUGAAUCCCUCUUCAGAACUCAUCCAUCAUAGCUUUCCCUUUUCGUCCCUGUGCCACUUUGUAUAUGUAGUGCUUCUGUAAAAAAAGACAAAAAAAAAUCAAAACAAAACUAUAGAGUGAAUGCAAAAUAUGCAACUGUGCCUUUUUAUACCAUAAUUGGUAUGACUCGUUGGUUUUAACCAGUAUGAAACCAAUUGUAUUGAGAUGCUUUCUAAAAGUGGAGAAAGAGUACUUUAUGCUGAAUCUACAGUCCUGGCAAUUUUACUAUGAUAGACUUUCAAAUAACAAAAGCUUUUCUCUUGUGGCUUCUUUAAGUAAGCUCAGUCAAACUUUGUGAAGUAUAUCUACGAGUUACAACUGUACAUGUCACAGGUGAUACCCUGGUAUAUCCAUCCAUUUCAAAGUUAGCAUGGUCACAACUGCGAUUUAUACAGUUAGGAUGACUUUAGUGUUCAACGAAAAUAUAGGUAGGGACGGCAAUGCAGAAAAAACACAAUAUUAAGUCUAUUGGGGAUCAAACAUAAACGCUUUGAGACACACGGUUUUCCUAGUAUAAAGAGCUAGAAGAAAGCACCAAAGGUUUACCAAUGGGACACGUACCUCAGAGGGAUGCAAGAGAUGUGCAGUUAAUAUCAGCUCAUUACAUUUGAGUACAAUACUGUAUCUACACAUUUGCAUCCACAUAUUUGGAAACUCUCUGUCUCUAAAAUUCCCAAACAAACAAGACAUUUUAUUGAAAGAGGUGGAAUACAUAUGCGCCCUCUGAGGUGUGUGUUCCUCAAGCAUUCAACUUAGAAGAUAUAAGACUUAAGUUGUAGCGCUUAGGUCAUAGGACACGUCACAAAUAAUGAAAAAAGAAAUUGUGAUUCAAAUCAUACUCUAUUUGUCCUUUGACUUGGAUGUUGAUGUAGAAUUGAGGAUCGAGUUUAAUCAUUGUUUAUUAGGAGUCACUAUGCACGCAGCUUAGCUGAACAUGGCAAAUGUACUGAGCGCAAGCCCACCUCUAUUUAUGAUCUAUUUUACAUAUUUUUUGCUUUUGUACAGCUAUUUCUGUAAAUAAAUUGCUUGUCAUUUUUGUCUCUGCAGAAAUUAAAAUAUACCAUGA